AUGGCCUCGCUACGCACUGCCAACUCCCGGCUGAGGAACUACUUCAAAGAGAACUACAUUCCUCAGGUCUGCGAGGUACUGGAGCCACGUGGCGGCGGAGUUACCAGAGGGGAGAAACCGAAGAUAUCCGGAAGGAGCUGGGGUUUAGCCGCAGAGGGAGCGGAGGGAUUCUGGGGCGGAAUGGGCCAGGAUAAGGCUCUGUUAUGUGGCCUACUUACUACAUGUCCUGAGGAUCCGCUGAAAUAUUUACAGAAAAUGAUCAUUACUAUAAUGGAAAAUGGUCUCGAAAGUCUUCUCUGCUCUUGGAGAGACAUAGCAAUACCUCUUACAAAUGAAGAUGAUGAGCUGGCUGAGAAAAUAGAAAGAGCAAUGAAAUAUAAUAAUUUCAGGCUUCAAAAAUAUGUAUUUCAUCUCUGGCACUCUUAUGUAAAACGUCAAAAAAAACAACUUACAGAUACACUAUUGCAGGUACAAAAGAUGUUGCACUGUUACAAGCUGACAGCUAUCCUAACUAAAUGGAGGGAUAAAGCAAGACUUAAGUAUAAAAAGAGAGAAGAUGAGCUGAUAUUAAAACAUGAACUUCAAUUGCUAAAAUGGAGAAACAACCUAAAACUCAAAGUAGCUGCUAAUGAAGAAUCCAUUUUUCCUGAACCAAGUCUGUCUAAAGUCUCUCUUGAAGGCAAUAUUCCUGAAUGUGACAUUUCACUGUUACCCCAAAGAGCGGUCUCACAGAUUUUCUUCUACCUCAGCUUAAAAGAUAAAAUAAUCUGUAGUCACGUUUGUCACUCCUGGAUGUUGAUGACACAAGCAAGCUCGUUGUGGAAUGGUAUUGAUUUUUCCACAGUAAAAAACAUUAUCACAGAUAAAUAUAUAGUGUCUACUUUGCAAAGGUGGCGUCUAAACGUGCUGCGUUUGAAUUUUCGUGGUUGUAUUCUCUGCUUGAAAACCUUGAGAUCUGUCAGCCUCUGUAGAAAUUUGCAAGAGCUGAAUGUCUCUGACUGCCCAACACUCACAGAUGAAUCAAUGAGAUACAUCUCUGAAGGCUGUCCUGGAGUCCUGUACCUCAAUCUAUCUAACACAAUUAUCACCAACAGGACCAUGAGACUGCUGCCGAGGCACUUCCACAACUUACAGAAUCUCAGCUUGGCUUACUGCAAAAAGUUCACAGACAAAGGAUUACGGUACCUGAAUUUAGGGGAUGGAUGCCACAAGCUCAUCUAUUUGGACCUUUCCGGCUGCACCCAGAUUUCAGUCCAAGGCUUCAGGAACAUUGCAAACAGCUGCACUGGAAUUAUGCAUCUGACCAUCAACGACAUGCCAACUCUGACGGACAACUGUAUAAAAGCUUUAGUUGAAAGGUGCCCUCGUAUUACAUCAAUAGUUUUCAUCGGCGCUCCACAUAUCUCUGAUUGUGCUUUUAAAGCUCUUUCUACGUGUAACCUCAGAAAGAUCCGAUUUGAAGGAAAUAAAAGGAUUACUGAUGCGUGCUUCAAAUUUAUAGAUAAGAAUUAUCCAAAUAUCAGUCACAUUUACAUGGCAGACUGCAAGAGAUUAACAGAUAGUAGCCUUAAGUCACUUUCACCUUUGAAGCAACUAACUGUGUUGAAUUUGACAAAUUGUAUAAGAAUUGGUGAUAUGGGAGUAAAGCAAUUUCUUGAUGGUCCUGUGAGCAUAAGGAUAAGAGAGCUAAAUUUAAGUAACUGUAUCCACCUGGGUGAUGCCUCUAUUAUGAAACUAUCAGAGUGCUGCCCUAAUUUAAACUACUUGAGUUUGAGAAAUUGUGAACAUUUGACUGACCUAGCAAUUGAAUAUGUUGUAAACAUCUUUUCCUUGGUAUCAGUAGAUCUCUCUGGAACAAACAUCUCUAAUGAGGGUUUGAUGACACUUUCCAGACAUAAAAAAUUAAAGGAACUUUCUCUAUCUGAGUGUUAUAAAAUCACCGAUGUUGGAAUUCAGACGUUCUGCAAAGGCUCACUGAUCUUAGAACACUUGGAUGUCUCUUAUUGCUCCCAGCUGUCAAAUGAGAUUAUUAAAGCACUGGCCAUUUAUUGCGUUUCCCUCACAUCUCUCAGCAUUGCUGGCUGUCCAAAGAUUACUGACUCAGCGAUGGAGAUGUUAUCGGCAAAAUGCCAUUACCUGCACAUUUUGGAUAUUUCUGGUUGUGUCCUGCUUACUGACCAAAUGCUCGAGGACCUUCAGAUAGGCUGCAAACAACUCCGGAUUCUUAAGAUGCAAUACUGCAGACUUAUUUCCAUGGAGGCAGCAAAGAGAAUGUCAUCUAUAGUUCAGCAGCAGGAAUAUAACCCUGGUGACCCUCCACUUUGGUUUGGCUAUGAUUAUGAAGGCAAGCCCCUUACAAGACAACAUGAGAUACCACCACCUAAAAAUGUAGAAUGGACAGUGACAGAGUCAACACACAGUAGUCAAGAGGAAGUAGUAUGA